CAAAACUUUAAAAAAUAUGGUUUGAUGAUUUGUUGAAGAAAAUGGCUCUAACAACUCUCCAGAAUAACUUGGUUAAAACCAAUGACCCCGAUAUCUUCUCUCUGCCUUCCAUUGUUAGCUUUAUAAUAACUCCCCCCCGCCCCCAGACUCUUUAGACAUAUCAUUUUUGUUUAUGCCCCCUCCCCCAUUGAUGAUCUCAUCUUACUUUUCCCUAUAUUCUUUCCUCUCAUCAUGAAGUUUCCAUCUUCCACUUCUCUAAGCAAAAAUAGGUGAUCAGAUUGAAUAUACCAACUAAGUUAUCAUAGAGUUGAAGCUAUGGGUAAUGGAAGCCGCAUGAAAUCAACAGAUAUUCAAGUUAAACCUCUUUCAAGGCAUGAAAGUUCAGCCUCCUCUUCUUCAUCAUCUUCUUAUUCUCAGAACCUUGAAAAAUCCCAACUCAACCAGUCAUCAAGAGCUACUGAGCAGACCCCAGGUAAUGGAAUGGAUGCACAACAAACUCCAGCAGUGUACGUACCAGAUCGGAUACCCUCGUCCAUUUUCAGUAGCAAACCUGCAACACCAACGGACUGGAGCAAUGCUUCAAACGAAUCGUUAUUCAGCAUUCAUGUUGGGAAUAACAGCUUCUCGACGGACCAAUUCCUUACGCUGUAUAAAUCUGGUGAAUUAACAAAGUUGGAUGAGCAGAUUAUUGCCCAAGGUGGCGUCUUGCCUUCACUGAAAGAACUAGAUGACAUGGCGGAAAGGGAAGAUGAAAAUAUAGGCAAGAAAGAAAUGCCAACGACAGGGAUCAGAACCAAACAAGUUGCACAGGAUAAUGGCUACAAAUAUGGCAGUGGAAACCAAACCCAUGAACCGAAAUUCCCAGCAGAGGCCCAUAAUUCACCUACAAGUAGCGUGUCUGGUCGGUCUGAUGAGAGCACUCUUUCCUUUGCAUUCCCUGUGUUGAAUGGGACGGAUGGUGGAAGACUGAGUUCAGUAAAUAGCUACCAAAACAACCGAGGAUUCAAGAUACAGUCAGUAAAGCAACAGCAGCAGCAAGUUCAAGAGCAACAGCAAGAGCCGAAGCAAUAUGCUGAAGAAGUGAAACCAAAAGCUCAGGGUACUCCCCAAAAUGCUUCCGGUCGAAGCUGGUUUGCCUGGUUCCAUUGCUGCCGAUAUCCUUGAUUUUACAUUAAAACAAUCUGACCUGCCCUAUCUGCUCAUCUAAUCAUUUCCCAGGGAAGGGAAACAUCCAUUGCCUGCCCUCUAGUUAACUAGAAUGUUAUAUUAGAUGGUUUCUAGUAUUGUAUUAAAAGAGAAAAGUAUGUAUUGGGAGAAAGAUAGUUUGAAUUAUCAAUGUACAGAUAUUUAUCUUACAUAAAUAUAUUUUAUGUGUUGGUAAUGCAAAGUUAAACAUUGGUUGAGAAAAGA